UCCUUUCAUCAAAAACUCAACCAUAUUAAAACAACAUUCUUCAUUAAAAAUCUAAUUUCCAACGUUAUUGCAAUGAGCUCUGCUGAAAAGGUUCAGCAUGUCACAAAGAAAAGUUCCGACGAACUGCUCAGGAAGUUUGCUGAAGUCGCUCACUCUAACAACGUUCCAAACAAGAAGAAGAUCACCAAGAGAGUAGAAGCUGCCGCCGUCGGAGCCGUCUUCGUCGAACGGAGGUCGCUUCUACCGCCGCCGGCCGCCACGCGAAAGACGGCGUUGCUCCGGCAGAUUGGGAUUGGAGGGGCCCACAUUUUGAGGACAAGGGAUUUCAGAAAGAAGUCGCUGUUGGGAACCAUUGAGAAGACAUGGCGAAGAAGCAUAGAAGGAGCUGCUAGAGCUUUCAUGGAGAGGCACUAUCAUCGCCAUAAACGUUUGAUCAAUGAUAUUGUUUAAGAUUAAAAACUAGAAGUCAAGAGGCAAGAAACACAUCAUCAAUACCAAUAGUGGCAGCUUCAGAGGAACACGGUAAGACCUUUCAAUGGAGGGCGAUGCAAAGCUGCAGAACUUCCUGAUUGAGGGCGGCCAUGGCAUCCUUGUUUCGAACCCCAAAAAUUGUGUCUUUCAAUUGUUUCUCUGUCUGGUACACCACAAAAUAUGCCUGACUCCUUGGAGGUCAUUGACGGUGAUACAAAGGCAGUAAAGAUGAAAAUAGAAGAAGACACAAUCAAAGAGGAACGAAGGUUGGAAGAGAUAGAAGAUGAAGAACAAGGGAAUAAUAAUAUGAAAAACAAGGAGUGAGGGAUAUAAAAGAAAGGGGAGGAGAAAUGGUGUUGAGAUUUUGUCAAGUGCACCAAAUCGCUCAAGUAGUAAAACCGGUAAGACCAGAUAUCGUUUCCCAAGAGACUCGGUCACUACUUUACAAUCGUAUAAUUGCUAACUAAUUUUAAGCUAAAGAAUGAUUCCAUUUUAGUGUGAGAUUGUGCACUGAAAGUAAAGGUCAUGCAUAAGUAAAAGUUUGAACUACUUGGGGCCAAAACAAGUGAAAAUGAGAUGAUUGAUGAAUAUGUGGAAUGAAUAUGUUGGAGAAUGAUUUCAACUUAUACAAUCAUAUGCAAAUGCACACAACCACUCUUCUUCAUUAACUUAUUCUUGUCAACUAGCUAAGUUACUUAAACCCAAUCCCUUGGUG